AGACAUGAGUGUUAGUGCUGUGGUGUUUGUGGAGCCAUGACAGACAGAGGAGUUAAUGAAGAACAGACCAUGUGAUGUGUCAGAGGCAGACGCAUGACCGACCUGUCGCACCUCUACCAGGAAGUCCACCUCCCACUCGGUUUGUUUUUGUCAAGACAUGAAGUCGUUUUGGGGGGAAAUAUCCACGCAGAUUCACGCUUUAUACCAAAUGUUUUAAGACACACGGGUGUAGCAGGUCUGUGGGUGUGGAUGGUUUUAAUGUAGGAGCUGGAAGGCGACUUAUGAGAUAUGGUCCUACAGGGGAACUCCGGUCUGACAAAAGCAGUGGAAAAAGUGAGAACCCUGACACAGUUUCCUCCACUGUAUGGUACCAUGAAUGAAAGUGCUGCAGACACCUGCCCCACAUGUCGUGGGACCGGCCGAAUCCCAAGAGACCAUGAAGACCAGCUGGUUGCUGUAAUUCCUUGUAAUGAUAAAAGGCUGAAACCAAAUCGCACGAAACUCUACGUGUGUAUAUCCAUAGCCGUUUGUCUCUUGCUUUGCUGUUUGAUCCUCUUCUUCCUGUUCCCCCGGAGUGUCACUCUGACGCCGGUUUCCGUGCUGUCAGUCAUGGUUCACUUCACUGACGAUAGUGUCGAUAUGGAAGUCACUAAUCUUAUCAACAUCACCAACGAGAACUACGUGCCUGUUCAGAUCGUAGAGCUCGACAUUCAGAGUCUGUUCACUAACCUCGUUGCGGGUAACACCAAAAUAACAAAUAUGUCUUCCAUCCAGUCCCGAUCACAGAGACUUUAUAAAGUGCAAACUGACCUGACGAUUGUCGACAAAGGCUUAAAUGCUCAUUGCAAGGCGAGCUCUGUCCAGGUUCACAAUUUACUUCUGGUGCUGCAAAUGACGCUGAAUCUUUCCUACCUGUCGCACACAGAGCGUCUGUCUUUUGACAUCUAUGAGUAUAUUGACUGUGGCACCAACACAACUGUUCCACAUCCUGUGACAUGAUGAAAUUAAAAAAAAAAACAAAAACAAAAAAAAAAACACCCAUGUGGGAGGGAGUGUGAAAAAAUGAAUAUUCUGUGUGAUUCAUACCUUAAUCUCCUCUGCAUGGAUAAUGUGAAUUUGAGCUACUGUGAAAAUGUAUCUUACCCUUUUCUUUAUGUUGUUUUAUCAUGAUUUAAGAUCUUAAUCUGUCACUACAAUGGUUAUAAUUUCACUGAAAUCAAGGCUACUUCAUACAUGCUUUUCACAAAUGUUUUACCUGUAAAUCCAUAUUACACUUAUGUAAAAAUGUAUUAAAUACGCAAAAUUUUAUGCAUACAUUAUGUGAAGACCGUUACAUGUUCCCUACAUUUAAACAUGUCACUUAAAUUCAGAGUAAUUGUUUUUGUACAGGAUGAAUAUUGUGUGAACAAAAAACUCUAAUGUCUGAAAAUAUUUUUUUUUGCAUUUGCACUUUAAUAAAUAGCAGCAUUUGAGUCAA